UCAACGGGAAGUGUCAUGUCAGCCUCCAGUGCGGCGUUUCGUCCGGCGGCAGCGAUGCUCGGUCUGUCCAUUAGAGAGGUAUCCCAGGCACUGAGGGAUGGGAGGGUGUCCGCCACUGAGCUCUGCAGAAAAUGCAUUGACCAAAUACAAAGAACACAUUACCUGAAUGCAUUUAUCACCAUUACAGGGGAGACAGCUAUGGAGCAAGCACAGAGUGCAGACAACAGGAUCCGCACAGGUAAACCUCUUGGUCCUCUGGAUGGCAUUCCCUUCUCUGUGAAAGACAACUUCUGCACGGAGAACAUCGAGACCACCUGUGCUUCAAACAUGCUUAAAGGUUAUGUUCCUCCAUUCAGUGCUACAGUUGUGCAGAAGCUGUUGGAUCAAGGAGCAGUUCUUGUUGGAAAAACUAAUUUAGAUGAGUUUGCAAUGGGAGCUGGAAGUACAGAUGGGGUGUUUGGUCCAGUUCGUAACCCAUGGAGCUACACAACCCUAUACCGUGAGCAGAGCACAGAAGAUCUAGAUUCUGACUGGGCAAUCGCAGGAGGAAGUUCAGGAGGUAGUGCUGCAGCAGUGGCAUCUCUCAGCAGCUUCCUAGCCUUGGGAUCUGAUACAGGAGGCUCUACACGAAACCCUGGUUCUCUCUGUGGGGUUGUGGCUCUGAAACCCACUUACGGCCUGCUCUCUCGUCACGGACUCAUCCCUCUGGUCAACUCAAUGGAUGUGCCAGGAAUCAUGACUAGGAGUGUCCAUGAUGCUGCCACUGUCUUGAGGAUUCUGCAGGGCCCAGAUGAGAGAGACUCAACAACUGUCCAGGCACCCAGCACCCCACCUAGCCUUCCUGAACACUUUGACAUUAGAGACAUAUGUGUCGGUAUACCAAAGGAAUAUCACGCCCCGGGCCUGUCUACAGACACUUUGGCCCAGUGGAGUCGAGUUGCAGCCAUGUUUGAGCAGGCAGGGGCGCGGGUACAGGAAGUAUCUCUGCCACACACACAGCACUCUAUUGUCUGUUACCACGUCCUGUGUUGCUGUGAGGUUGCAUCCAACAUGGCACGUUUUGAUGGGCUUGAAUACGGCCAUCGUAGUACAGUCGACAGCUCCACAGAUGCCAUGUACACCACCACACGACAUGAAGGCUUCAACAAUGUGGUUCGCAGAAGAAUUCUGUCAGGAAACUACUUCCUACUGAAAUCAAACUAUGAGCGUUACUUUGUGAAGGCUCAACAAAUGCGGCGUCUUAUCGCUGAAGAUUUUAAAAAUGUGUUCCGCUCUGGCAUUGACGUUCUCCUGACACCCACAACGCUGAGCGAUGCGGCACGCUACUCUGACUUCAUACAGGAAGACAACCGAACACGCAGUGCUCAGGAGGAUGUCUUCACCCAGCCUGUCAACAUGGCAGGUUUGCCUGCUGUCACGGUACCAACAGCCCUCUCACGCCGAGGUCUUCCCAUCAGCCUGCAGCUGAUUGGUCAGACACUACAGGACUGGAAGCUGUUGACAGUAGCCCACUGGAUGGAACAACAAGUCAACUUUCCAUUGAUCCAUUUGCAUGGAGACUCAAAUGAGAGAAAGCUGGACCGAUCAGUCCGAGAAAGGACACCCACAAUAGGAUCAUAACCAAAAUGCAAAGACUGAACAGGUAGAGUUCAGAGGAAGUGAAACCUAUGAGAGUUACAUUUGGUGUCUUACUGUCUAGGUACAUAAGAAGUGAGAAUGUGAGUGUAAAUGCUGUAUCAGCGCACACUGGAUCUAUAUGACACUGUCUCUACUUUGGACUGUGGUCUGUAUGAUUCAUUUUUCUUCAUUUGAUCAAAAUACAACUUGCAUCUAUUCUGCAGCAUUGGCAUAAGUGGAGUCACUGAGUUAAACUGACUAGUAGUGCUAUAU